AUGCCCACAAACAACCAUCACAAUUCCUAUCACCCAUAUCAACAACAGAGAAACUCCGACUCUGAUCAUCAACAUCAUCGACAACACUCUCGGAAUCAUCACCAUCAUCAUCAUCAUCACCAUCAUCAGCGAAAUAAUAACUACAAUCAUAGAGGAAAUUAUGAUGAAUAUCAAAAUAAUAAUCCAACAAUGAGAGAAAAUUCAAAUCAUCAUCAUCAAUAUAAUAUUCCGUAUUCACAUUCUUCUGCUACAUCUCAGCAGGGUGGAAGAUAUUUCGAGCAAUUAAAUAAUAAUAAUAAUCGUCAUCAACAACAAUACAGAGGAGGAAAUCAAUCAUCAUCAAAUCAAGUUAGAUUUUCAAUACCAUCCUCAUCGUCAUCAAGUAAUUCCUCAAGAAUUGAAAAGAAUCGAGAACCUGAAAGUCAUUCGGCUAAAUGUGACAUCUGUAGAGAAUAUAAACAAAGUGGAAUGAUGAAAUGUAUAUCUUGUGAUGAUUGCUACAGACAUGUUGAUUGUGAUGUCGCAAGAAAUCCAAAAUCAAAGCCUAAUUCAGAAUCUAAAUAUAUCAAUUUCAUGUGUGAAAAUUGUUUUGAAGUUAAGGUCAAGAUUGAGGGAGAUGACUUUCGAAUUUUUGCCCUCAACAAGGUUACUACAACACCAAUUGAAAAUGAUUUGGAUAAAAUGGAUGAUAGUGAAACUUCUUCAGUAAUGUGCCCACUUUGUAAUCAAUUAAUUGCUGGACAUUCUAGGGAAAUAUUUAAUAAUCAUUUAAGGUUUAAAUUCAAAGAUGCUCUAAUUGAAAAGUUUCUACUCACUGGUACUAUUCCAAUUCCAAUUACUUCGAGAAAAAGUGGAGUAUCCAUUGAACACUCAUUUAAACCCAAUGAUUUUAACUCCCUAUCAACCUGUUUCUUUGUGCUGGGAUUCAAAAAGGAUCAGUUAGAAGAGUACAUGGUCAAGAAUUGCCCUAUUGAAUAUAAUGACAUUAGAAAUUUCUUAGAAAUUGACAGGAAUUCAUCUAUUUGUAUCAUUUCAUGUUGGACUGUACGAGGUGCCUUCAUUUUAGCAUGCAAGUUGAGAUGUGCAGUGAUUGAAACUGCUCAUCCAAUGAUUUACUUUAUCAAAUCAACAAGAUCACUCAAAGUAUUCCAAAAAAUUUGCUCCAUUCAAGAAUUUACUGGACUUAACAAAGACAUUCAAUCCAUUAAGAAUAUGGAAAUUACAAGUCUUGUUUCAAGUGAGGGAAAGAAUGAGACAAUUGUCCACUUUAAAGAUGAUUUUGAUUGUAUUAAAUGGAUGUGGACUUGCCACAAAUCUGCCACCACAAGACUUCCCAAGAUUGAAUUUCAUGAUGACCAUUUAAUUGACACAACGACUAUAUGUCAUAUUAAAAAUUUACCAACCAAAGACAUUACUUUGAGUGAGCUGUGGAAAGAUAUCAAGAGGAGCUUCAAGCAGAGACUGACUUUCCUCUCCAAUCGAGAACAAUCAAAGAUCAAGUAUUAUGUCUCUGAUUGGUUCUAUGAUGUUGGUAAUCAUAUUAUUAGAGUUGAAUUUCAUCAUUCCAAGUUUUGUGAAUUAUUUAAAUUAUUGCUUGAUGGUUUGGAAUUACUUGAUGUAAAAUUAUCAAUCACAAUUCCAAGUUCUACUAGUUAA